AUGGUGGAAGAGGCUGAUAGAAGAGAGGAGGAGGCUCACGAACAAGUUGCACAUCUUUCCAAGGAGGAGAAGCCGCGUAAGGACAACAACAAGGAAGAAGAGGAACAACUGUCGGAUGAGGACCUCAAACUCAAGACUAAUUUGGAGCAAUUAGUUGAAAAGUUAAAGGGAGAUGAUAAAAGUUUGUAUGAACCAUCUUUGAAUGAGUUGAAAGAAUCGAUCAAAAGCUCGACGAGCUCAAUGACGGCCGUACCUAAGCCAUUGAAAUUUCUACGGCCGUUCUAUCCCAGUCUGUGCGGGCUAUAUGAUAAAUGGAGUGAUGGGGCUUUGAAGGCGUCUCUUGCAGAGGUUUUAUCUGUAUUGGCGAUGACUUACUCUGACAAUGAGAAGCACGACUCUUUGCGAUAUGCGCUUCUCGCUGGCGCCAAAAACAUUGAGAGCUGGGGUCAUGAGUACAUUCGUCAUUUGGCAUUGGAGAUUGGAGAAGUAUAUAACGACCAGAUGGAGAAAGACGGCUCAACAAAGGAGAACUCCGAGGAAUUGGAGGGCGAGAGCAGUAAAUGGACUUCACAAAAAUUCUCCAAGGGUGAAAUACUUGACUUAUCACUGGAAAUUGUUCCUUACUUUAUGAAACACAAUGGUGAAACAGAUGCCGUGGAUCUACUACUUGAGAUCGAAGCUAUUAACAAACUGCCCCAGUUCACUGAUGAAAAUACCUACGAAAGAGUGUGCCAGUACAUGGUGGCAUGCGUACCUCUGCUGCCACCACCUGAGGAUGUUACUUUCCUACAGACAGCCUACUCAAUAUACCUGAGGGAAAAUCAAUUAACCGAAGCGCUUUGCUUGGCUAUCAGAUUGGGAGACGAGUCCCUUGUUAGAGCUGUUUUUGAUGCCACCUCAGACGCUGUUGUCCACAAACAGCUUGCAUAUAUUUUGUCCUUCCAGAAAUCGUCGUUCGAAUACGAAUCGGUUCAAGAUAUUAUCGGUAACACAAAGUUGUCGGAGCACUUUUUAUACCUUGCCAAGGAACUGAAUUUGACUGUCCCUAAGGUUCCAGAGGAUAUCUACAAGAGUCAUUUGGAUAGCUCAAAAUCAGUGUUCUCAGGUACAGGCUUAGAUUCAGCGCAGCAAAAUCUGGCAGCCGCUUUUGUAAAUGGUUAUAUUAACCUGGGAUACUGUAAUGAUAAAAUGAUUGUCGACAACGAUAAUUGGAUCUACAAGACAAAGGGGGGCGGUAUGACUUCGGCUGUGGCUAGCAUUGGUUCCAUUUUCCAAUGGAACUUGGAUGGUCUACAGCAAUUAGACAAAUAUCUAUAUUUGGAAGAACCAGAGGUCAAGGCUGGUGCCUUGCUUGGUAUUGGUAUUUCUGCAUGUGGUGUUCACGAUGGGGAUGUCGAACCAGCUUUGCUGUUGCUUCAGGAUUACGUUACAAACUCAAAUACUAGUAUCAGCUCGGCUGCCAUCCUAGGUCUCGGUAUAGCCUUUGCCGGCAGCAGAAAUGAGGAAGUACUUGGGUUGCUGCUACCGAUUGCUGCCGAUACUUCACUACCACUAGAGACGUCCGCUAUCGCUUCCUUGGCGUUAGCUCACAUAUUUGUCGGUACUUGUAACGGCGAUAUCACUGCAUCGAUCAUGGACAAUUUCCUGGAGCGUUCAAGUGGAGAUUUAAAAGCUGAAUGGGUUCGCUUCCUAACUUUGGCGUUAGGUAUAGUGUAUAUGGGCCAAGGUGAGCAAGUCGAUGAUGUCUUAGAGACGAUAAGCGCGAUUGAGCACCCUAUGACGUCUGCCAUAGAGGUCUUAGUAAGCGCCUCUGCAUAUGCGGGGACAGGUGAUGUGUUAUUGAUCCAAGAUCUUCUGCAUCGUUUAACCCCGAAGGCUUCUAAGAAAGAAAAUGCUGAGGAUGCCGAAGAGGAGGAUGAAACUGCUCAGGCUAAUGCGAUUAGUGACUUUUUAAAUGAUCAGACCAAUGCCGAGGAAAAGAAGACACCAGCUGAUCAUGAUAUGCAGGCCGACAGCGGCGAAGAAGGCGCUAAUGAGGAAGUUAAGAAAACCGAAGAAACUGAAGAGGCCACUGAAGGAGAAGAAGCAGGCGAUGAUGCUGACGAAAAAAAUCGAGUCAUAGCUGACGAGGCAUCAUAUGCUGUCUUGGGUAUUGCGAUGAUUGCACUGGGCGAGGAUAUCGGAAAGGAAAUGUCUUUGCGUCAUUUCAGUCAUCUGAUGCAUUAUGGUAACGAGCAGAUUCGUAGCAUGGUUCCAUUGGCAAUGGGUCUUGUCUCCGUUGCUGAUCCACAAAUGAAGGUCUUUGAUUCAUUAUCCCGUUAUUCGCACGAUGCUGAUCUGAACGUGUCUAUGAACUCUAUAUUCGCUAUGGGUUUGUGCGGUGCCGGUACGAACAAUGCUAGAUUAGCCCAGUUGCUGAGACAACUGGCUAGCUACUAUUCUCGUGAACAAGACGCGCUAUUCAUCACGAGAAUCGCUCAGGGUUUAGUUCACAUGGGUAAGGGUACGAUGACACUCGAUAUGUUCAACGACGCCAGCGUGCUGAAUAAAGUGGCAUUGGCAUCUUUACUUACUGUUUUGGUCGGCCUAGUUUCUCCAAGCUUCAUGUUGGAACAUCACCAGCUGUUCUACAUGAUGAACAGUGCUGUGAGACCCAAGUUCAUCCUGACGCUCAACGAGGAGGGUGAACCUAUUAAGGUUAACGUGCGUGUCGGGCAAGCAGUCGACACGGUGGGCCAGGCGGGUAAACCAAAGACCAUAACUGGCUGGAUUACCCAAUCCACCCCAGUUCUCCUCAACCACGGCGAAAGAGCAGAGCUAGAGACCGACGAAUACAUCAGCUACACAAGCCACAUCGAAGGCGUUGUCAUUCUGAGAAAGAAUCCCGACUAUGAAAAGGAGGAGUAA